AUGCCCCGGAGGGCGGUGGGUUGUGCCCGGUCGCAGGCCAGCCUGGGCUGUGCAGGCGAUGGGGAGGGCAGGGCUGGGAGCCUCCCGCAGGCAGGCAGCCAGCGUCGGAGUGACCGCCCCUUGGUGUGGCUCCCCGACCGCUCCCGGACGGUGUCGCGGCCCCUUCUGCUGCCAACUAUCGGUAUUUCUGCAUUUGUAGAAGUUUGGUCAUCUAACAGAACAGAAAAUUACUCAGCAACUUUUGAACAGCAACUUCUUGACAUGGGAGCAAAAGUUUCAAAAACUUUGAACAGGCACGUGACCCAUGUAGUCUUCAAAGACGGACAUCUGGCUACAUGGAGAAAAGCACAGAAGAUGGGCAUGAAAAUAGUUUCUGUGCUCUGGGUGGAGAAGUGUCGAGAAACAAGAGUACAUGUUGAUGAAUCCUUAUUUCCUGCAGUAGUUGCUAGUGAAGAAUUACCACAACUGAUCAAAAAGCACAAAUGUAUGCAGCCAAAAGACUUUGUUGAAAAAACUCCAGAAAAUGAUAAAAAGCUGCGGAGAAGACUGGAACAGAUGACUAAAGAAUUAGCCAUACAAAAGAUAGCAGUUAAUGCUGAAACUGAUGUACCAGUUCUGCUGUUUGAAGACAAUGGUUUGCUUGUGUACAGCCCUGUUAAUAAGGUGAAAGAUCAACACAUUGCAAUGGAAAGAAGAAUAAAGGAGAUGAAGGAAAAAAGAGAAAAUAUUUCUCCUACUGCUUCACAAAUGUCUCAGAUACUUCCAAGUAGUUCACCAGGAGACUGUCUGCUACCUACUUGUGUCUUAUCUAAAUCAGAAGACUCAUUGUUACCAGAACAAAUGGAAGACUGCUCGAACUCAAGUUUUUAUUGUCUUUGGGCAACUGAUAAGGUAAAGAGACAAAAAACAGAGGUAGUAAAACCUGCCUGUGAUAGUUCGACUGAUACUCACAUAGCCAUGAGUUUAUCAGGGAAUUCUCCCUCACAAAGCUAUGAGCAGACUUGCUUAACACCAAAACAAUGUAGCAGAAGAAGCUUAAGAAAGAAACAACUUUUUCAGCACACUUUGGAUGAUGAGUUGCCUUUAGAAAAGAAAGAUCUAAAAAAGUUCCCAAACAAAAAUCAGGAUGAAAGUAGCAAGACUACUUCAAUUGCAAAUGAAAGUUCUCUUCCCCAAAUCAAGGGCUUGGGACAUCUUUCUCCUUCUAAAAAAAUGGUCAAGUUAAAUACUGUUGCUGCAAUGAUGGACAAUCUCUCUAAUUCACCUAUGAGCAGUGGAAACUUAAAUAAGUAUUCAUUGGAUAGAAGCUUCCCUGUUUACAGAAACAGUUGUAUCCUUAAAGACAAGAAGAGGAAAAAAUUAGAAAUACUGCCUAGUUUUAAACUGGCUACCUUGGAACUGGGUGCAUCAGGGUCUGAGGAGUUCGUGCAGGCAGAUACUACAGGUAGCAAGUCUUUUGGCUCUGAAGAGGAUUCUUAUGAAGACUUCUUUUCAUCAUUUGACUUCAAUGAAAGUGAAGUACAGACAAAAGUACCAAAGGAGUCACAGAAUCCUCCUGAAGUUUGUUGCAAAGACUCUUUUGCAAGCAUGGACUCACUUCAUAUGAGUUUCUGUAAGCCUCGUAGUACUUCCAAGAAAAGUGGGAAAAGGUCUUUUUCAGCAAAUGAUCUUUCAGUAAAGAAAAACUUAAAACCAGCUGAACAUCCUGGAAGUGUGCCAUUAAGUUAUAUGUCAGAUGGUGAAAAAGCUGACACUACAGAAGCCCUAUAUUCUGAUGAUGUGAAUAGGCUGCCUCAGCAUGCUCAUGAAAAAUGCUAUGGAACCAAUGUGAAUUACAGUACAUACACUAAUG